UGCGUAGCCUUGCGUAAUGACGUAGUUAUACAGGCGUCGUCUAGUAAAUAUCCGCAUUACAUACACACAACAGGGAAGACGCCAAGAUGGUUUACGUGGCUAAUGGCCAGGUCCUGGACAACAGGACCCAGUCACCAUGGAGACUCUCUUUUCUGACAGACAUGUUUUGGACUGCAGUUGAAUUUAUUGGUUUAUUCUUUCAGACACUUGUCCAGCCAGAUUUAUCAAAGGAUGGAAACAGUGCUUCGUCUCGCUUCAGUGAUGGCAGAGGUCCUCCAGGUUACCCUGGUAGCCGGAGGCGAAUGGGGAGGAUAAACCACGGAGGGGGGCCCAAUGCUCCCCCAAUGGGUGGAGGAGGAUGAGGAAGGUGA